AAGGCGAAGAAGAAUUAGAUAAGCAAGCCGCCGAUGAUUUCGGGAUGGAAAAACUUGAAAGUUCUUUGUUUUUUCUUCGUGGGACCAUAUACGAGGCGCACUCCAAUAUUAAGGAAGCAAAGCGAUGCUACCAGGAGGCGCUGUGCUCCGAUAUUUAUAACUAUGAGGCUUUUUAUCGGCUUGUUAGUAGCCACAUGUUGACCCAGAAGGAAGAGCAAACUUUCCUGCAGAAUCUUCCUUGGGACUCGGUGAGUGCGUGGGAACGGGAGGCGCUUCAUCUGCAAUACUCCACUCUGUGCGCACGUUAUUGUUUCGCGCCGGAUGUGCCUGAUGCCGCCCACAUAAAGCGGUUGAACAAGCACGUGGAUGUACGGGUGAACCGCGCCUACACGCACUACAACAGGCUUAACUUUAAAAAAGCUUACAGAAUUACUUCCAAAGCCCUACAGUUCGAUCCCCUUCACGAGCGUGGCCUGUUGUUGCACGUUGGCUGCCUAAUCGAGCUGAAGAAAACAAACGAGUUGUUCAUCAAAGUGCACUACUUAGUUGACCGUUUGCCCGAUAAAGCAAUUACGUGGUACUCCUUGGGAUGCUACUAUUAUUUGCUGGGCCACCAAGAGAAGGCCCGUCGUUACUUCUCUAGAGCACUGGGUAUGGGAGCGUGCCGCGGUGAAAGCUGGAUCGCCGCCGGUCACUCAUUUGCUUCUGAGGGAGACCACGAUGCGGCUAUGACCGCUUACCGCGCAGCAGCACGUGUUGUUUCUGGUUCUCAUCUGCCCUCCCUGUAUACGGGGGUGCAGUACGUUCAUUAUUUUAUAUAUGAGUCUGCUCAGUUAAGCUUUGAGGCCUCCAGGCAGUUGUACUCCAAAGAUCCACUUGUUUUUCACGAAAUUGGCGUUGCUUAUUAUAAAGAUUACGAAUUUGAAAAAGCCAUUCAUUAUUUUCGGGAAGCUUCAAGUUUAAUAGAGAAACCUCCUUUUCAAGAAACUUCUUGUUAUGAGUUUCUCCAUACCACUUUGCUCAACAUCGGCCAUUCUUACAGAAAACUGCAGCUUUUCGAGGAAGCAAAGAAUUAUUAUGAGGAGGCUAAGAAGUGUUCUCCGUUUCACUACUCGAGUUACGCGGCGUUGGGCCUCAUAAGCCAACUCUUUGGCUUUAAAAAAGCCCUUCAAGAGUGCGUUUCCCUCGCGGAUGGACCCGGUAAUGACUUUCUCAACAAACUGAAUGCCUUUGAAAAGUACACGAGCUUUUUCCAGACAGCUAUCGAGAAUUACCACAAGGCGUUGUCCAUGAAUCCAGGGGACCCUUUCUGCUCUGCAAUGCUCGAGUCGGCCCUUCAGAACGUCAGUCGUAUUCACCUGUUGAAGUCUGUACGCGCACAUACAAGCUAAAGAUUGCUUUAGUGAU